AUGUCGGAAGAAUUCUCCCUGUCUAUGGGAAAGCAUUUAACAAGUCUAGUAGACUUGGUGUUAUUUUUCAUCUUGCCUUCGGAAGAUUUUGCUUGCCCGAGUUUAAGAAGCAUUUUGGGGUCGCUGAUUUCUUGCUGUGUACUUAGGCCUUUGUUCGAUUUGCUAUCGGAACCUGAUACUGUUAAUUUGAUUAUACUAAAAAUUUGUUGCAAAGAUGGGCCACCUGCCGGUGAGCAUUUGCUAACGACAUUAAGAUUUUGUAAUGAUGUUAAUGAAUUAAGUGUCAUGAGGGAAAUGUUGAGAGCUGAAAUUCAUCAACUUAGGUCUGCAAGUAGUCUGCACGUCGACAGUUCCAUUAAACAACAAAUUGGCAGUUUGCAAUAUGUCGAGAAAAUGAUUAAUAAUAAAUUGGGACAACUUAAAGGAAAUAUAGAACCAGAUACCUCGUCUUCAACAAUUCUACCAUUGCUAUCAUUCGAACAAUUACUGAGCGGCGACGUAGCCUUAUCAUUUUACCUCGAUUAUUUAACACAAGUCAACAAACAGAACUAUCUAUUUUUUUAUAACACCGUGGAACAUUGGAAGACAUCAGUUCGUGAACAAUCUCAGAACAAAACAACGAAUCAAUUGGCGACAAAGAUGCGCAGUAUUAGAAAUGGAACAACUUCUUCUACAAAUUCUACGACGACAACAAAUGGUAAUAAUAACAGUCAUCCGAUGAAUUCAAACGAGGAACUUCGAGAGACUGCCCAAAAGAUUUAUGAAAAGUUUUUGUCUGAUAAAAAUAGUGAUAGAGUUGAAGUGCCUUCGCAGAUGCUGAACGAUCUGAGGUUGAAGAUAGCUAACAAAGCUCUUAAUCCGUCUGAAAAUUGGUUCGAUGAAAUACAAGACAAUGUUUUUGGAAAAUUUAAGACCGAAGACAUCUUCCUAACCGAUUUCUACAGAAGUCGACUCUACAUUCACAUGUUGGCAGAGCUCGAUAUGCUGACUCAUGGUCAACACGACUACGACUGCACCUCAAAUCUGGACAAUGACAGUGUGUCCAGCUUAGAAAUGGUUGCUGGUUCCAGCGAAACCGAUUCUGGUGGAGCACCAGCUGAAAAUGAACCAUCGGCGAAUGAAACAACUGUGAAAAAGGACAAGAACGAAGUAAAUGGUGCCAGAGGAAUGGAUAGUGUCAAAGCUACAGUUCCCAUUAUCCAGCAGACCAAUGUGGAUGGAGUGUUACAAAAGAGUGAGGACUAUCAAUUCGAUGACAAAAAAUUAUCGACGAAGUUCGAUUAUAUGAAGCAUACAAGAUCGAGAAGUGAUUCGAUUGUUAGGCAAAGAACUUUAAGUCCUCUGAAACAUAAUGUUAAAAAUAUUGAUGGCCAAGGUUUGGUGCAGCAGACUAAUAAAUUUGGUAAUACCAUAGAAGGUUCUGUUGCCACAGCCAAGUUUGCUUUCGAGCAUUAUAGUGCAAAUUUUUUGGCUGAGAAUUAUGAUUUGUCGAUGGAAAUUAUACAAACAGCAAUUGCUUGUGAAGGAGGAAAAUCCUGGGGCGUAUACGCUUUGAAUGUUUUAUGCCAUCGCAAAAAACAGCAAGACACUUCUACAAACAACAAUAAUAGUGCAACUCGUCAACAAAAUUUGCAAAACGAAAGCAGCAGUUCCUUACUUCAAUGGCACGUGUAUCGACGAUAUUCACAUUUCUUAGACUUACAGAAAUCCGUAAAGAAAAAGUAUCCUGAUUUAUCAAAACUACCUUUCCCUGCAAAGCGUGCUUUUCACAACAUGGAUCGAACAGUGCUGGAACAUAGAAAGACUGUUUUGAAUUCUUUUGUGACUGCUUUGUGUGAACAUGCAAGAAGGAUUAAACAUCACAAUCAGUCGCAACGUGUUUACUAUUAUGAAGGACUUUUGGAGUUGCUCAUCGAGUUUUGUGAACCGCAAGCUUAUGAUAAACAAGUUGCACGAGGGGCCAUGAUUAGAACGAUUGAUACAAUAGUUAGUCCAUUACGAUCAGGAAUGCGCAGCAUAAAAAACAUGCCCGACCAACUCCUAAACAGCGUUGAUGAAUUCGUCGGUGGCUUGUCCAGGGUUCUAUUAGGAGUCCCUGAUGAAAUAGAUGCUGAUAAUCCAGCUAUUCGUUCAGCUUUAGUUCUAUUAGACGAAGCUUUUGAUUUGAAAGGACGUUCACAAUGGUUGAGACGUGGUGUCCUUUCGAAAGCACUACAAGGCACUUGGUUGGGAAAUGUUGUUAAUAGGAGAUUGCUGCAGUUGGCUGGAUCUUUAGCUGGUCACGGUAUGGUGUUACAAGCGAUAUCAUAUGUUCGAAAUGCCCUGUGGCCAAAUGGUGAACGAGCACAAAGUCCACCAAAACGAGACCAGGAUACAGUUCACAGGACCAGAAUAGCAGCAAAAACAGCACUUCUGGCCAGUUUCUCUGAGGACCUUAAACAUGUCUUAGGAAGCGAAACAACUCGUCUAGGAUUGUUAAAUGUAUGUUUACUUCUGCAAAAGAAACAAUUAAAUAUGAGAUUGAUACUAGUUGUGUUCGAAGAUAUACUCACCGCUUUAUAUCCCAGUAUUAUGAAAGCUUUAAUUUCUAAGAACAAUGAAAAUUGUAAGACAAAGAAGGAUAAUAGAUAA